AUGCCCAAUAUUGGGGAGUUGGGGAAGCUUGAAUAUAUUGGGGGGAAUCUCUCUAUUGAGAACCUCCAAAAUGUCAAAUCUCCUGCCGAUGCUUUGGAUGCAAGAUUGAAGGAUAAGAAGCACCUUGAGGACUUGACGUUGGAUUAUCUAGACAAUACAAGUAGCAAUAUUUCAAAAAGUGAUCAAAUAACUGUAUUGAAGAGUCUCAAACCCCAUACAAACCUGAAAAGUCUCAGAAUCAACAAAUAUGGUGGUAAAAGCUUUCCGGAUUGGAUCACUCAUCAUUCGUUCUCUAAGAUAGAAUCUAUUUAUCUCUAUGAUUGUAAAUAUUGCCACAUCUUGCCAUCAUUUGGACAACUACACGCUCUCGAGAGCCUCUACAUCAUUGGGUUUCAUGGAAUUGCUAGUGUGGGUAAGGAGUUCUAUGGUAGCUAUUCUUCUACGUUUAAGCCAUUCGAAGCCUUGAAAGUUCUAAGGUUCGAAGACAUGCCAGAUUGGGAAAACUGGUUAUGCUUUGAUUCUGAAAAUGAAGGUGAAGCUUUUCCUCAUCUUGCAGAGCUUUAUAUUGUUAAUUGCCCCAAGCUAACAGGAGGGUUACCCAUCCAUCUUCCUUCUUUAGCCAGACUUAAGAUUGUUGAAUGUUCGCAGCUGGAGGCCUCACUCCCAAGGUCUCCUACUCUAUGUCAAUUGAAGUUAACAAAUUUUAAUGAGGUUCUGUUAAAUGAAUUGCCAUCUAGAUUAUUGCAAAAAGUAGUACUUGAAGGAUGUGCUGUAUUACGGUCCCUAUCGGAGGGAAUGAUGGAUUCCAGCAGUCCUCUUCAAGAAUUGGAAAUUUAUGGUUGUAGCUCGCUCAUGUUACUUUUCGAAGAUGGUCUAUCCUCCACAUUGGAAACUCUUAAGAUCUCAAACUGUGCUCCAGCAAACUUAAUCGCCGAGAUCAAUAUUAUCACCGUCAAGGGAUGUGAGAAUCUAGAGUCUCUUACUUAUUCAGAACAACAUGAAACUGAUUCAGCCGCCUCGACUAUAAGAAUCCAGAAAUGCCCAAAUUUCGUAUCAUUUUCAGAUGAAGGAUUGCGUGCCCAAAAUUUGAAAACAUUUGAGAUAAAUGGUUGUGGGAGUUUAAGGUCAUUGCCUGACAAGAUGCACCUACUCCUUCCAUCACUUGAGUCACUAUUUAUUAGUAUGUGUCCAAUGUUGCAAUCAUUCGGUGAAGGGGGCUUGUCUACCAAUUUAAAAUCAAUUUCCAUCUUAGAUUGUGACAAACUUGUUGCCUCUCGAACGACAUGGGGUUUGCAAAAACUCCUCUCUCUUCAAGAAUUCUACAUCCAUGGCAAAUGCAAAGAUGUGGAGUCUUUUCCGGAGCCGGCGUUGCUGCCCAUGACUAUAACCAGUCUUACCAUCUCUGGAUUUUCAAAUAUGACAUCUUUGGACAACUUGGGCCUUCAACACUUCACCUCUCUGAAGACAAUGCGGAUCUAUGAUUGUCCUAAUCUGAAGUUCUUGCCCAAAGAUGGGUUUCAUGCCUCAAUUUCUUCACUAGACUGCUCCCCUGUAAAUCGACCACAUGUUCCUUUCUCUAAAAUUGAUGAAGUUUUUGUGAAAAUAGCAACUCCGCCUCAGAGCUUGGUUCAGGGCAUGAGAAUUGUGAGAUUUUUGGGCAUUCAAAAUAUAGAAAUUGAGAUGGACUCUAAGAUUGUGAUUGAGUGGAUGAAGAAAAAAAGAUGUGGCCUUUGGUACUUAGAAGAUUAUUGGGAAGAGUUGAUGCAGCUGUGUGAAGGCUUGAAUUACAUAUUCGGGCAUGUCUAUAGGCAAUGUAACUCAUUGGCUGAUAGCUUAGCUAGGUUGGGAGCUUCCGGAUUGAAUCAGACUUGGAAUGAUAGCUCAGAUUUACCUCCGGUAAUCAGAGGAAUCCUUCGCUUGGAUAAUAGUGGUUUGCUGAGUUUGCGCCCAAUGGAAAUAUCUCACUUGCGAACUUGCUUGGACGGUGUGUAG